AUGGAAGAAAUAGUUCAGCAACAACAGCUAGAAGAGCCUGAAGGAAACGAACAAGUCACUCCUUUGGAAACUAACUUCACAGAACUAGAUGAAGAUUUGGAACAGCCGAAAAAUCUUGACCCUCAACAAGAGUAUGCGGAGAAUAUGGAAUAUUUCCAAGAGUCUAAAAAAAAUUCGGCUGACAUAGUAGAAGAAUAUCGAAAAAUGUUUGCCGACAUACAAAAGACUCCAACACCAGAUGAAAAUAUUCAGCAUAGAAUGGAAGCACUGAAAGAAAAUGUACACAAAUACAACAACCCUUUUUACUUACGAGCAUUUAACGUUCAAUCUUCGGAUGAACUCGGUGAAGAUAAAAGGUUAAAUUUCAAGAAAACAUAUAGAAAUGAAACAUUGUUUAAAGUUCAUUCAGAACCUAACCAAGAUGGAAACAAACCUACUUUUGUUUCUGCAGACGAUGGAACUACAAUGAGAUGGGGUCAUAAAGCUAAUCCGGAUAGGUGGUUCAUAAACUUACAACCUCAAUUCCAAGAAGUUGUAGACGCAAUGGAAGUCAAUGGUGAACGAGACAUAGCUGGUAUUUUAAGCGCGGCUUUAAUGCCAUUGAAAGAUAUGAAAGAUGCAGAUAUUUUGGACCAGUAUGAAAUGAACAUGGCUGAUGGAAAUAUAACACCUGACGUUCUAGAACAUUUAUCUCAAAGAACUACACAGAACCAUAGAGAUGGUAUAUUUGGUGAAGAGUUUAGAAAGAAAGUUAGGGAGGGAGAAGGAAGAGAACCUAUUGUACAUGACCUUGCAAACGAAA